AUGUCGGCCCCAGUUGGCCAGGCCAAGAUCGACCACCGUGGAGAGGUAUACAGACGAACCCGGUGCCGCAGUGACGUCCUCAGUGACUAUGACUUCAGCACAAUCAACGACUUGGAUAUGGAAUGGUUCAGUGUGGCCGGGUCGAAUUCUCAUCAUGGAGACAAUGGCGUCAACCGAGGUUUCAUUGGUGAUUCCCAAGAUGGACCUGACUUGACGACAGUGGGCUUAUCGGACUUCGACGAGGACAUUGCACUCCUAAAGGAGGAUGCUGUUUUCCAGAGACGGGUGUCCAGAAAAAUGAAAGUAUACCUGAUCAACAGACAGGAGGCUGAAGUGGAGACACUACUUGACCACAUCGUUCAGAAUCAGGGCGGUUUGGACGAAGCACUGCUCUAUGUUAUAUCAUCCAUGUACAACGAAAUAAAGGUGCAAACCUUGACUAGGAUCCUCCUAAACCGCGGCGCCUCACCCCUCGCCCUCGACAGUGACCGUAAGACCCCACUCCACCACUCCGUCCAGCGCGGUUUCUACGGCGUUUGUGUGCGCCUCCUCGAAUCUGAGGUGGACCCUCUCGCCCCGGAUAAGGAUGGACUGACUCCUUUUGACUGGGCACUAAAGGAUAAGAAUGAUGCCGUAGCAGCUUUGAUACUGCAAUAUGUUCCCGCCAAGACCGUGCUUUCCAAGUUUUCUGCUCCGGAUCAAAGUGGCAAAGCUGCUGAAUAUUCCUUCCAUAAUCUCAUAAAGGAAUCGAUGCACAAAACUGCUGUGGCUGUGCUUGACUGCACCCUAGAACCAUGCAGUACGACAGGGUGUUUCAGAGUCCAUUAUCACAUCCAAGAAGCAGACGAGAAGGGCAGGGCACCCAGCCAUCCAGACUACAAGAAGGAGAGAAAGUCUUCCUUCCAGUUGAUCUCCGAAACGGACAAGGCGGAGCUUGGUCUCCAUGAUGCCGUACGACUGCUGGUAAGACGCAAAUGGAAACUCUACGCACGCAUCAGAUUUCAAUUCAAUGCCAUUAUCUUCCUUUUCUCAACCUUCUCUCUGACAUACGCCGCAGUAUUGGCCUCCCUCGUAGAAAACCCCUGCGUCUAUGAGACUCCCUUUCAAAUAUCACGGGCGGUCGCAGAAUGCAUAGUGGUUAUAAUGGCUGUUUAUGCCUUUGUGCUUGAACUGGUGCAAAUGAAACGCAAUGGUCUCGAUUAUUGGCUUGACCGCUACAAUUGGCAAGACCUCAGCUCUACCAUCCUUGUCCUCACUGUCAUCCCAUUGCGAUUCUACCAGGUCAAUGCCCAAUGGACAGUCUUCUCGCUUGGAUACCUCAUGUGGACAAUGAGAAUCUUCAAAUACGCGCCCAUAUUUUCCCAAACUGGUGUUUACGCCCAGACCUUGUGGCAUGUGGUGUUCCACGACUUCCCUCAGUUCAUUGUGCUUUUCAUGGUGAUCUUACUCGCCUUCAGUGGAUCGUUCCUUCUCGCACUGAAGGGAGAGGGACACAUGGGAAAACACGAAGAAACAGAUUCUUUCUGGCACAUCCUUUAUACUGGUACAAGGACAUUUAUUGAAGGUGAAAAGGUGGUGGAGUACACCGGAGAUGAUAAAUACGGGACCCUUGGUUCAAUCCUGAUGGUCUGCUUCCUGCUGACAGUCAACAUUCUGCUCCUCAACAUACUGAUAGCUCAGCUGAGCGAUGCUUACCAGAAUGUUCAGAAUGAAGCUAAGAGAGCACUGAUCCUUAACCGAGCGUGCAUCGUCACUAGAGUCGAGAUCAACAGUAUGUUUACUGGAAAGGGGUUCCGCUCUCGUUUCUACAAAGAGGUCGAGGAAAUCGACAACCUAACCAAAGCGCUGAGUAAAUGGGACACAAAUGGGAGCGACAAAAACUCCACCUCCAACGGCAUCACAGAUCAGAUGGAGAUGCAAGAACAGAGCUUGUUUACCAUCAAGAACCGACUGAUACGACAGGAACAGAGGGUGGUCAAUCAGAGCAGACAACUUGACAAGAUGCAGAUGGACCUGAAGAGGUUACUAGAACUGACUCUAAGGGGAACAACGUCUCCGGAUUUCUUCAAAUCGGCCACCCUUGACAGCAGAAUAGGCAAAACAUAUCAGGAGAAACAAUCCGCAUCUCAUUCCCAGUUUAGUUUCAGUUCAGGAGAUUUGUUGAAAAAUGGCUCCCUUCAUUCAUCUGACAUUCUUGCUCCAAAUAAUGGCGCCGCUAUAAUACGGAGGGAAUUUCUUGGAGGGUUUCAUCGGAGAGAUGCUGAUUGUGAUGAGAAGGGGUUACACGACAGUGCAACGUAUUCUGCUAAUCUGAAUCCGAGCAAUGGCGUGCACUUUGGAGAAGACCAACUUCUUGGAAGUACAAGCCAGAAAGGAGGGGAUGAGGGGAUAGGGUUAUGGAAGGAUAUAGACAUGCAUUUGUUUGAUCCUCUUGGAGAGGGAGGCCAAGAGGCAAUAGAAGGGGAAACAGCAAACCUGAGGGAUUGUUUUAAAGGUAAAAUGACUGCAGCUGAAGGAGGGAAAACAGUAGACGACACAGGACUUGAAUUGAACAAAGCAGACGUUAAUGCAGGACCGAAACAGAACGAUGAAGCAGACGUCUCCCCUAAUUUGGCAACGCCAGCAGAUUUGGGAGCUGAAUUAGAGGAAGUUGUAGCUGGUAUGGGAGUGCCUUUGCCUGAAGUAACACUUAUUGAUGUAGGUGUUGGAAUCCACGAGCAGAUGGAAGAACAAUUGAAGGUUGAUGAGGUCCCAUUAAGAGCAGACGGUGGGACGACAGAGGUGCAAGAUGACCUUAUGCAAGGCAUGAAAGAGACUACUAAGGUGGAGGAACUGGUUGAAGUUUGGGUGAAUGGAGCAGGCAGAGCUUCAGAGGAGAAGGUGGGUGGAGAAGGAAUCACCAGUGAGAAGAAGGAAGAGGUGGAGGACGCUGCAACGGCUGAAAAGAAAGACAAUAAAGAUGAGAAGAUGGAAACGGAAGAGUCUGUCCAGGCGAUGGCAAAAACGUUUGAAGGAGGAAAUUUACUCCGGGAUGAGGCAGAUGCAGAUGUUCAUCCAAACAUGGAUAGAGCUGGGUUGAUUAAGGCACUGGCCGAUGGAGAUGAACCUGGGUUGUUUGGAGCGGUAGUAAACAUGGCUAAAAUUGGGUUGGUUGGAGCAGUGGCAGACGUUAAGACGGACACAGAUGAACAUGGGUUUGUUGAAGGUGAGGUAGAUGUUCAUGCAGAUACAUCUAUGGAUAGACUUGCUGAUGCCGCUACAGAAGUUCAAAUACAUGUUGAUGAAAAUCUUUUGGAUGAAGCAGUAGCAGACGUCAGUGUAAACAAAAAUGAAACUGAAUUGGUUACAGCAGAUUCUGCAAAUAUUGAUAGUGACGAAGCUGCUUUGGUGGACGAAGAUGAAGAGGACCCAGUAGGGGUUGACGAGGUGGCUUUAGAGAUGGACCUGAUAGAUGAACCAGUUGUGUACGCAGACACUGCCCAACUCCUUGCAGAGCAGAAAAUAGAUUCAGAGAGACACGGAUAUGCAAAUCAAGCUGCAGAUGACCUUGAACCUUCUUGA